AACGCGUCACGUGGGAGAGGAGGAAAUGCAUUUGAACUUUCACUUUAGCGACUACACACCCAUCACUAACAUACAGCGGCAACAGUUUGAGAAUUAUUGGCCUAAAUGCGGUGAUGAGUUUAUAGAGUUCAGCGAACAAACAGCUAACAUUUUGGGCGCCAUUUGAACUGCACUCGAGGACGCUUGUGUACAUGGCCAGUGAAUCCUGGCUGGAGUCUUCCCUGCGCCGUUCAUCUAAACUCGGGCAGGAGGUGUUGGAAAAGGCAAAAAGACGGUCUGUUAGCUGCUCAAGUGCAAGACCAAGACCUUCACCCAUGUUCAAUCACUAUGAGAGUGACUCAGAAAGAGACGUUUCCCAUUCAAACUUGGACCAUGCUUUUGCUACAAUAGUGGAGUACAUGUCUGAGACUACAAGACAGUGCCAGAAGUUUUAUAAGACUGUGCACCUGGCUCAGCCCAGUGAGCGAGAACACAUCUGUCGCUACCAUUCACAGCAGAUGUUGAGGACUGCAGCCAUCAAACGAGACAUUGGUUCAUCAGAACCAGAGGAUUUUCUUAUCGAAGUGUCUCCAGGAACCUAUUCCAUCACAGCAGCAAUGCAAGACACAAGACCAGAGACGAAAACUGUCCACAUCGACGCAGGAGAAAGCAUAAGCCUUACAUUCAACCUCUGAACUUGAACCUGUAUAUGAGUGAAAUUCAAUGCCUUAAUUGAGGACUUGCACUGAAAUAUUAAAUGCACUGACUCUUCUUGAUUUAUCUUUGUGUGUUCAUAAGUGUUAUUGUUUAAUACUCAGGAAUAUUUAUUUUGGCUAUUCAUUUUUAUAGUAAUCAUGAAUUUAUAAUGAGGCAUAAAAGCCAUAAUGAGAUUUUACAGCAAGACAAAAAUGUACAUGUAAUUUCACUUUAUUUAUACCUCUUACAGACGUUUCAUUUUAAUAAAGUUUUGCAUGAUUUUACACAA